CUUUUUUCAUGAAUAAACACAUAACCCACAAACGACCCUGGCGCACUUCGCUGCUUGGCUAUUUGGGCCUCAGCGACUUACCCACGAAAGUCAAUUGCUGGUAUUGCAAUCAAGAUUCAUAUUUGCUUCCCGGUGGGAAACAAACAGAGCAAUACUGGUAUUGCGAUAAAUGUGAAAACGUUAAUGUGAAAGAUCAAAAUGGGGAUAUUGUAGAUACUCUUCCUGUUAUGUACAAUGCUAGUCUUAAUCAUCCAGUGACACCGAUACCGCAGAGACAUUUGCCCGAAAGAAGGCAAUCACGUACCCUUUGCGAAAACUGUCAAAGCAAUCAGAUCCUCAUUUAUCAGUUAAUGAGUGAAUACAUUAGAGACGAAGAUGAUCCCAAAUACGACUACUACGUAAAAACGGCAGAUGCUUAUAAAGCAUCGCUGCAAGAAAAGAAUCCAUUGUGUGAAGAGUGUCAGGCAAAAGUGGAAAAUCUGCUGGCGGAACAACGAGCUGAUCUGCGACGAAGGCGAAUUAACGAAAAACUACACCGUAGCUUGCAAACAAAAUCACCUAAACGACCUUCAAAAUUCCAAUACACCAUGCAAGGCCUACUGUGGUUUCUAUCCCAUAGUCUCACAGUCCUCUUUUGCAUUCUCGCGUUCUUAUACCCACGUACACAACCUAAUUACACUACGAAUAAUCAAUGGACGAGCAUAGAAUUUUACAAGUCUGCAUGGUCAUCAAUGUCAACCGUUUUGGUGGAUUUAUGGCAACGGGGAUUCGAAACGAAUGUGGCAACCACUUUGGCAUCCAGCUGUGGAAUGGCAGCGCUAACAAACGUCAAGGAUGCGGUCAAAACCAUGUGGCAGUCGUCCAAGUGUAUAAUUUUGUAUGAUCGAUCCACAUCGGAAGUUGUUGACGAUUGUGCGAUGGCCUUUGAUAACAUAUCCUUACUUUACAUUGUUUGGAUAAUAUCGUGGUUUGCGAUCUACUGGCAUCCUCGCGCUUCAAAAACCUUUGUCCAGGACAAUGCUCGAGUUCGUCACUGGCCCACCUACAAGGUAAUUUUGGGUUGGAUGGUUCAAUUAUACUGGUGGAAUCCGUCAACUCUAAAUUCUUCUGUGUAGUUUAUUCAAUCGUUGUUAUUUAUUGCGCGUCUACUCGUGAUUCCGAUUUCAAAUUAUGCAAAGGGAGAACUCGUCCCUUCGGUCUAUUUUUAUUUUUCGAUUGCAUACACCACGGUAAGCUGAAAAUGAUCGUUCGUUCCAUGAAAAAAUGGUGUAUUAACCACCAUUAAAGUUGUUGAUUUUCUCGAUUCUUU